AUGAAUUGGGUGACUUAUCAGCCAAUCUACCCCGAAGAUAACUACUUAUUAAACGAAAACUACGGUAACGGACCCGGUGGUCUCGGAAACGCCACCGAAACUUACCGACUUGUCCAUGCUACAAAGCCAACUGGUCUCUACUCCAAGGUCGAGCCUGGAGAAGUUCACUAUCCAAUGUCCACCGCUUUCAACCGCCUCUUCAGAGCGCUGGUGAACAGACAACAGGCCGAUGAUUACAACUGGGAGACGGACUCUCGCCAGUGGUCCCUUUGGCAUGGCGAUGUGAAAACAGCUCAGGAAUAA